AUGUAUAAUUUAUUUACUAAACUUAUUAAUCAAGCACAUUUUCAUCGUAAUAAUAACGAAUUUGAAAAUUGGUAUCAACAAUGUUUCAUGGAACCAUUGAAUCAGAAUGAUCCAGAAUUACAUAAUAACCAGCUUAAUUCAAAUACUCUUAAUAACACAAUAAACAAAAGUAAUAAAGUAACAAUUUGUAAUGUAAAACAGAAUACCGAUGAAAAUGAUUAUUUAAUGCAAUUUAAACGAGCUCAAGAAAAUUAUUUUUCAAAUCGUGCUGACUUAUUAUCAUAUCAACGUACUAAAGAAAAUAUUACAUAUAGGCAAGUUUAUCAAAGAAAACAACAAGGCUUAAGAAAAUUUCAUCGUACCUUAAAAUUUAGGUCGAUUAUCAUGCCUAAUGGACUAAAUAAAUCAUUGUUCGAAGAACAGAAAUGUAAUACUACUAAUGAUAUCCCAACUUAA